AUGUCCGCCCUCUACACCUACACAUUCACCCCCCUCCUCCGGGGCCUCAAAUCCCUAAAGACCACCCUCCAAAAAGCCGAAUCCCACGCGCAAGCCAACAACAUCGCCCCAGAAACCUACGUCACGGCCUCCCUAAUCGACGACAUGAAACCCCUCUCCUUCCAAGUCUUCAUCGUCGCAAACGCAGCAACCAAGGUCCUGGCGCGGUCUACCUUCGUCGAGCCGCCCCAGCAAGAAGACACGGAUAAGACCUUCGACGACUUCUACGCCCGCAUUGACGAGACCAUUGCGGCGCUGGAGAAGGUGGAUGUUGAGGUGCUCAAGGCCAACGAGGGGAAGACCUUCAAGGCGCCGCUUGGGCCGAUUGAGGCGGAGUUUACGCCGGAAUCGUAUGCGACAAGCUAUGCGAUGCCGAACUUCUUCUUCCAUCUUGUUACGGCGUAUGGGAUUUUGAGGGCGAAGGGCGUGCCUGUUGGGAAGUUGGAUUAUCUUAAGGAUUUCUUGGAUGUUCAGCUUUAG